AUGCGAUUCCUGUGUCAUUGUUGGCACCUCAUGUUUCUUCAUUGACAUCCAUAAAGAAGAGAAGAAGGAAGAUUGAUGGGCAUGUAGUUCAACACAGUUGUUUAUCCUGUAAUCUUUCAAGAUGGGACGAAUCAGCCUUCUGCUUGCAGAUUUCGUUCUGUCUUUCAUGUGGGUAUGCUCCGGUGUUCUUCUUCGCGUCAUCGUCUUCAAACAUCUUGGCUUCGGUCACUCACCCCUCGCUGAGGUUAUCAAAACCACUUUCUCCGUCGCCAACAUGUUCUUCUUCGCCUUCCUUGUCAAGAUUUCGCGUGGCGGCGCCUACAACCCCCUCACCGUUUUGGCUGAUUCUAUCACUGGCAAUUUUAACAACUUCCUCUACUGCGUUGGUGCUAGAAUCCCCGCGCAGGUGGUUGGAAGUAUUGUUGGCGUUAAAUUUCUCAUUGAUACCAUUCCUGAAGUGGGACAGGGACCACGUUUGAACGUUGACAUUCAUCAGGGUGCACUCACAGAAGGAUUACUAACAUUUGCAAUUGUAACCAUUUCACUUGGACUUGCCACAACAAUCCGCGAAAAUUUCUUCAUGAAGACUUGGAUUUCCAGCCUCACCAAAUUAACACUUCAUAUUCUUGGUUCUGACCUCACUGGUGGUUGUAUGAACCCUGCAUCAGUAAUGGGAUGGGCUUAUGCUCGUGGGGAUCACAUAACAAAGGAGCACUUCUUUGUAUACUGGCUUGCUCCCAUAGAGGCAACUAUUUUAGCAGUGUGGACAUUCAAAUUGCUGGUGCAACCUGCAAAAGAAGAUAACACAACCAAAAAAAAUAAAUCUGAUUGAAGAAACUUCACUUUGUGCCAAAUGUUUUUCCACUUGCUUUCAAUUUUUGUUUUGUGUAGUUUGUGGGAUGAAUAUAUGGCAAGCCAAGAACAUGUACAGUUACUAGAUAUAAUCAUGGAUCAGAGAGUGUACUGUAAUACUCCAUGCUCUUCCAAUUGUCUAAUUCCAUUUUUUCACUCGUGCA